AUGGGCAAUUUCGACCUAGCGUGGGGAAAUUCCGGAAAUGCUAGUACAGUUAUUAGUACUCCCGAUGGAGCCUGUAUUGUGGCGUUUAUUCGGGAAAGCGUGAGAGAAGCCGAGGAUACGAGCGUGGGAGUUGGAGAGAGUAUUUCUUUAUUAAGACAAAGAUAUCGCGACAUAUUUCUUUCAGACACGAAGCUAAAUAUUUCCGAUAGUUUUCGACCUGGCUCAGGGGAUGAAUGGUUGAUGCUCGAGAAAUAUCCGAUUGAUGGAUGCAUAGAUUCCGAGCAAACCAAACCGUUGAGUUUGAGAGAUCUUCUGGAUUUACCGGAUGACGAUGAAUCGAAGAUUAUCAAGAUAAAUUUGAGGUAUAUAAACGACAUGUUUGAAGAGUUUAAUCCUUUCCAUGAUGGUCUGUCAUCAACCGAACGGGAUCAAUUUGACGGUUCUGAUUAUUACGGUCAUCAUGUAGGAAUAUUUGAAUUUUUCGGGAAUCGAAAGGCUAAAGUUGUGUCGAGCAUGGGAGAGCAGUCAUGCAGAAAAGCACAUAUGGAUGUUCCACCGAACGACAAGGACAUUGUUAGAGAAUUUAUACUGGGAUUUAAUUCUCUGGUCGCAGAGGUUAGAAGCUAUUAUUGCCAAGAUACGCUACUUUUUGAGGAAAAUCCCAACUUUCUUCGCCUUUCCGGAGAUUUGAGGGCAUACUUUGAAGAACACAUUCAAUCUCGCGAGGAUGCCAUUGAAGAUUCCGAAUGGUUUGCAAAUUUAGAAAGAUACUUCAAAUAUAUAAUUGAAAGAGGAAUAUUUCGCGUGCAAGAAUGGUUUACGCAAAAUACUACCAAAUUCCCAUAG